GUUAGCUAAGCAAACUAACACUCAAACCUCUCCUUAAUUUCUCUCUCUUUUCAUCUCUUCUCUCUUGCAGAUAUUCAAACAUGGCGGAAGGGUUACUAACGAGUUCAUUCAUUAUGAAAAGUGGAGUCUCCAUUCAUAACAGCUUUCAGAGUGAACCGCUUCUGCCAGAUGAUCAGCCAUCAGGGCCCGUCACUUUUAAGCUUAUUUUCAGCAGCUUGGUUGCCGUUUGCGGCUCCUACGUUUAUGGACAUGCCGUGGGAUAUUCAUCACCGGCUGAGUCUGGAAUCAUGGAAGACCUUGGCCUGACUACGGCACAAGUGAGUUUCAGUAAUCAUUUGAUCUUCUUCAGUUCGUUUCUUUCUUUUCUUUUCUUUUCUCUUUUAAAAAAGUUUUUUACGUACUUGUCUUUCAAACUGAAAUAG